CUCUCUUGCAGCCUCCAAAUGGCAGCUCCUUUGCGUUGCGGUUCUCGCAAGCUACAGGUAAACAAAGAUAUCAGGGGAAUGUAUCUUGGCAAAAACAUUUCACUUUGCACCUUCCCAGCCACGCAUUGUUCCAAGCUGCCCCUCGCCAGCAUCUAUUUUAGCUACAGUCAAGGCCUCGUUGGAAUAGCUCUGUACUUUAAGGUCAAAUGCGGAUAAGUCUCCUGAAAGCAUAAAAGAACAACAUUUGAGUCCAUGACAAAAUUGAAGGGUACGUCGUACAAAAUAUAGUCUAAAGCACCAUUCCAGGAUCAACUCCAGAAUUCCAGUGGUAGCUCAAGCGCCAACCAGCAGAAGAGUGAGGAAGAACACAUGUAUAUUAACCGUACUGCCACAUCACAGAGAGAUCAGAGCAGUGAGAUGGCAGGAAGGCUCUACAAGGCGAAGGCGAAGAGCUUCUGGCUCCUCGUGCGCCGCCUUCUCCUGCGCAGGAGUCGCAAGCCGCCGCCAGCACCCGCCGAGGAGGAUGGGGAGGAGAGUAGCGGCCUCCUCAGCAGAAGCUCUUUGAAGCAGCUCCUGGUGAUGGACGGCGCCCCGGGGGAUGCCACCGCCGUCUGCCGGUGCGCCAAGAAACAGGGUCAGGCGCCAGUGGCGGUACCGCUUCCGGCUGGGCUGCACCGUUCGGUACCGGCUCGGCCAGAGGCAGCGACCGCGGUGUCAUCGGCAGGCGGAGGCCCUGACGGCGCGGCCGUGCACCGGAGGUUCAUGUUCGCCGGAAUCCGGCGGCGGCUGCUCAUGAGGAGACCGUGGCGGCCGAUGCUCGUCGCCAUCCCGGAGUGAUCCGUGGACCAAUGGAAGUCUGAUGUCAAUUACGGAUGGAAUUCAAUCGUGUCAGUCCGAUCAACCACGGUGGAAUUCAAGUGUCCCGGUCUCUCAGAUGCAUUUGUGCCUGUAACUUUGCGUGUUGCUCGGUUCAUCUUUGUUCUUUGCUAGCUGUGGUGCCGCUGUUUCAUUUUUCGUUUUGAAUAUAAUGUAAUUGGUACAUGAUAAUCUUGAUUCGGGAAAGAAUCUGCAGCUUUUUUUUAAAAAAAAAUCACAAGGUAGAGGAUUCUCUACCUUAUGAUUUCAUUAAUGUCUAAGAGAUUGA